AGAGCCGCGGCCGCCCAGCCCGGGACGGUCGCAGGGCGGCGGCGGGGCCGAGCGCGGGACAGGCCGGCACAGCGGGGCCCUGGGGGGCCAUGGCGCCCCCCGGCCCCGCCGCCCGCGCGCUGCGCCUGGGAGCCCGCGGAGCGGCCGCCGGCCGGGAGGGUCAAGGCAGAAGGUGCAGAGGCCGGGGAAGGCCCGGGAAGUCCUAGAAGGGAACUGUGUCCUGGACAGCGGGUCCGCUGCAGACGCCUGGAGAAGCCCGGUGCCCUAACCAAGCGGGAGACUGUGCAGACCAGGAUGUCCAGCGCCGAGAUGGUCAUCAGCCACCGGGCCUCGGGUCUGGGGGCCCCGAAGAGGAGGCCACUGGGCGGUGUCCCGAUCCCUGGACACACGACGCCGCUCAGCAUCAAAGACAAGAUUUCGGAAUGGGAAGGGAAAAAGGAGCCGCUGGCGCCGGGCCCCGGCAGGAAGGCCGAGGGGCCCGAGGACCACCCGGCAGUCUCCGGGAUGGAGACGAUGAUGACGACGGCGACAACAACGACGACGACGAGAAGCGGCGACGGGCCGCGAACUCGCGCAGCCGAGGCCCAGAACGGAGCGCGGCCCGACAUCGAGAGGGCCCGGGGCGGUGCGCGGGUGGGCGGCCAGGACGCGACCCCCAGGCCCGGGCGUGAGCGGGGCCGUGGUCGCCCCCCGGACGACAGCGCAUCGGUGCUGACGCAGGUGCGCCGGCUGGAGCGGGCACUGCGGGACGGCUCAGCCGGGCUGGACCCGCAGCCACCGGGCACUUGCUACUCUGCACACUGCCCGCCCGAGCCCCGGCCCCCCGCCCUGGACGCGGACGCGGCGGCCGAGGACCGCAGGGGCGCGUGCUGGAGGCCCUGGGAACACAGCCCGGACGGCGCGCCCCCCAAACCCGUGGUCAGCCCCCCACCCAAGCCCCGGAGGACGUUCAAGCACGAUGGGGAAGGGGAAGGGGACCCGGGCCGAGGGGGGCCCGGCCCGAGGGUCGGGAAGGACAGACGGAACCGGCCUCCCCUGCCCUCCCUCCCGCCCCCGCCCCUGCCCUCCUCGCCCCCGCCGGCCGCAGUCAACAGAAGACUCUGGAACGGGAGGCCCAAGCCCAGUGCUGACCACAGGAAGUCCUACGAGUUCGAAGAUCUGCUGCAAUCGUCCUCGGAGAGCGGCGGGGUGGACUGGUACGCGCAGACCAAGCUGGGCCUUACACGCACUUUAUCGGAGGAGAACGUCUACGAGGACAUCCUGGACCCGCCCAUGAAGGAGAACCCCUACGAGGACGUGGAGCUGCACGGACGCUGCCUGGGGAAGAAAUGUGUCCUGAACUUCCCGAGCUCACCCACCUCCUCCAUCCCUGACACAGCCACCAAGCCAUCGUUGGCCAAACCUGCUUUUUUCCGGCAAAACUCCGAGAGGAGGAACUUCAGGCUGCUGGACACUCGGAAGCCGAGUCGGGACGGAACCGUGUCCCCCUCCAGAACUAGCCCUCCGUCCACCCCCAGCAGCCCCGACGACACGUUCUUUAACCUCGGAGACCCUCAGAACGGCAGGAAGAAGAGAAAGAUUCCCAAGCUGGUGUCACGCAUCAACGCCAUCUACGAGGCUCGGAGAGGCAAGAAACGGGUGAAGAGGCUGUCCCAGUCCACGGAGAGCAACUCAGGAAAAGUGACGGAUGAGAACAGUGAGUCUGACAGCGACACGGAGGAGAAGCUGAGAGCUCACAGCCGUCGCUUGGUGAAGGUGAAGUCACGCUUGAAGCAGGCGCCCCGGCUGCCGGCCCUGGACCGCGAGCUCGCCGAAUUCCGGGAAAGGCGGCUCCUAGAGUACUUCGUGGUGGUGUCACUGCACCGGAAGCAGGCAGGGGCCGCCUACGUGCCCGAGCUCACCCAGCAGUUCCCUCUCAAGUUGGAAAGGUCGUUCAAGUUCCUGAAAGAGGCCGAGGACCAGCUGAAGGCCAUCCCGCAGUUCUGCUUCCCCGACGCCAAGGACUGGGCCCCCGUCGAGCAGUUCACCAGUGAAACCUUCUCAUUUGUCUUGACCGGCGAGGAUGGGAGCAGACGGUUCGGGUACUGCCGGAGACUGCUGCCUGGCGGCAAAGGCAAGCGCCUCCCUGAAGUUUACUGCAUCGUCAGCCGCCUGGGCUGCUUCAGCCUCUUCUCCAAGAUCCUGGAUGAGGUGGAGAAGCGACGAGGCAUCUCUCCCGCGCUGGUGCAGCCCCUCAUGAGGAGCGUUGUGGAAGCCCCGUUCCCAGCCCUGGGCAAGACCAUCGUGGUCAAGAACUUCCUCCCCGGUUCUGGGAAUGAGGUGAUCGAGCUGUGCCGGCCCCUGGACUCCCGGCUGGAGCACGUGGACUUCGAGUCCCUCUUCUCCUCCCUCAGCGUCCGCCACCUGCUCUGCGUCUUCGCCUCGCUGCUCCUGGAGCGGAGGGUCAUCUUCAUCGCCGACAGGCUCAGCACACUGUCCAAGUGCUGCCACGCCAUGGUGGCUGUCAUCUACCCCUUCGCCUGGCAACACACCUACAUCCCGGUACUGCCCCCUGCCAUGAUCGACAUCGUGUGCUCACCCACCCCCUUCCUCAUCGGGCUGCUCACUAGCUCGCUGCCGCUGCUACGGGAGCUGCCCCUGGAGGAGGUCCUGGUGGUGGAUCUUGUCAACGACCGGUUCCUCCGACAGAUGGACGAUGAGGACUCCAUCCUGCCGCGGAAGCUUCAGGUUGCCCUAGAGCACAUUCUGGAGCAGAGGAAUGACCUGGCCAGUGACCAGGAGGAAGGGGCCCCGGACUGCCGGCAUGGCCCCGAGUGCAGCCCCUUGAACGAGGUGGUAUCCGAGGCCUUCGUGCGCUUCUUCGUGGAGGUGGUGGGCCACUACUCGCUCUUCCUGACGCCGGGCGAACGUGACGAGCGCAGCCUGCAGCGCGACGCCUUCCGCAAGGCCGUGUCGUCCAAGAGCCUGCGCCGCUUCCUGGAGGUCUUCAUGGAGACCCAGACCUUCCGGGGCUUCAUCCAGGAGCGAGAGCUGCGCCGGCAGGACGCCAAAGGUCUGUUUGAGGUCCGUGCCCAGGAGUACCUGGACACGCUGCCCAGCGGCGAACACAGCGGCGUCAACAGGUUCCUGAAGGGACUGGGAAACAAAAUGAAGUUUCUCCACAAGAAGUAAUCCUCCGCCCAGCACCAGGCAGCCUGUCCCCGCGUGGGGCCCCUCAGAAACGCAGCGGGGACCGGAAAGGGGCCAUCCUGGACCUCAGCACUGGAAACGGGGUGGGGGGGCCUGAGGCUUGUCACCCCGCCCUCGUGGAUGGGACUGGGGGCCAGUUUGUUGGAUAUUUUUUCUAUUGUUUAAUCGAAAGGAAAGUCCGUGGGGUUUUUUUUUCCACUGUGCUGGGCUCAGGGAAAUCUGC